UCCCUGUCAGCUGUCGAUGUACCCUCGGGGUCCCUGGUCGAGCGAGAGGCUGCUGUCGACGUCCAUCUCCAUCGUGGAUCGCGGGAUGGGGGUGGAGCCGGGCGCUCAGCCUCUUCUCCUCUCGGCGUCGCCCCUGUCCUCUGCGUCUCCUUCUUCCAAGCCUUGCCCGAAGAGGACGGAUUCCCUCCGGGUUCCCGCGCUCGAGAGCGCCAAUCUUUUGGGCAGAAUUAUCCAGAGGAGUUUGAUGGGAUCCUGGAUUCCAUUUCUGUUGCCCUGACUUGUGCCUUCAAUCGUCGUGGGUCACUUCUUGCUGUUGGCUGCAAUGAUGGACGCAUCACAGUGUGGGACUUUCUCACUCGAGGAAUCUGCAAAGUGAUCUCGGCUCAUGUUCAUCCUGUCUGCUCCUUGAGCUGGUCUCGAAGUGGGCACAAGCUCCUCAGUGCCUCCACAGACAAUAAUGUCUGCAUCUGGGAUGUCCUGACUGGCGAUUGUGAACAUCGCUACCGGUUCCCAUCCCCUGUCCUCAAGGUCCAGUUCAAUCCUCGUGAUGAUGAGGAAUUCCUGGUUUGUCCAUUGAAACAUGCAGCUGUACUGGUGAAUGUCAACUCGGGGCAUAAAAUUGUCCCAGCCGUGGAUGAAGAAGUGCCACCUGGAGUGAACUCUGCUGAUGCCGGGAGCGUCGUGGCAGCAUACGACCGCAGAGGACUGUAUCUUCUGACUGGAAACUUUCGUGGGAAAGUCUUGGUCCUGAACGUGAAGAACUUAGAAACUGUAGCCUCCUUCAGAUCAUCUCAGCAGCCUGUGAAGGGGAUCGAAGUUGCCAGACGCACAGGGUGUUUCCUGGUGAACACUGCCGACAGAGUGAUUCGGGUUUACGAUCUAGAAUUAGUCAUAAGUGCAGGGAAGGAUGCAGAGCCGGAACCCUUGCAAAAGCUUCAGGACCUUGUGAACCGAACUAUGUGGAAGAAGUGUUGCUUUUCUGGAGAUGGAGAGUACGUAUGUGCUGGAUCGGGUCGCUCGCAUUCCCUCUACAUUUGGGAGAGGGGUCUGGGAAGUCUUGUGAAGAUUCUUCAUGGGACAAAGGGAGAACUACUUCUUGAUGUUGUUUGGCAUCCAUUGAGGCCAAUCAUAGCCAGUGUGUCAAGUGGUGUGGUGGAUGUAUGCAGAGUCGAUCCCAUCGUGGCCCUUUGCAGCUCUGAUGAAGAAGGAGAUGGUGGGGGAGAUGGGUCCAGAGAACUACUCUUCCUUCCGACAGCCCCCGAUGUGGAAGAUCCUGAAGAGUCCGCUGUGAAUACCGGUCUGCAGAAUGGGCAUGAACAAGAUGAAAACACAUCACCAAAGAGAAAAAAGCCCAGAGUCAGUGACAUUGAGUUGGAUGGGGCACCAGUCAAUGAAGUUCAUCCCAUGUUGGCUGGAAGUAAAGGACGAGAUCGUGCGGGUAACGGUGCGAUGCGUCGGACACCCAAAGAAUCCUCUUCCCGCCGGAAGGGCAAGGACAAUCGGAAGUGAUGUGGUGUGUUAUGUGCUUUUGAUCUCCAAUGUUCUGAGGAGCACUGUGCUUUAACCUCACACAUGUAUGUGUGCCUGUGCUUAGUUGAUGCAGUGAUCAUCAGCAAUUAUGCAUAUUGAUGGGAUACGUGCAGGAGAGGAUGCAUCUCUCUGGUCUCAUUGGUAUGUAAUGCAGUGAGCCUUUGCAGCUUAAUGACAUUUAUUCUGUUUGAGAUCCCUUUUUAUUUCAUGCCUCUGACUUAGGGGAUGGGGAUAUCAGAAGGAAUAAAAUGCUUCCAUGCCAAAGGGUAUGACUUUGUGAACGACAUGAAUUCUGAUGACUGUGCAGUUUAUGGUAUGUCUUGAAAAGGAUGUUACUGGCUGUAUGAGGUCGUGAGGUUGAGGCAUAGUGCAAGUCAGUGUAGGUCUAAGUCUUUGAAUAAAUCAAUUUCACUUUCCAUGAAA